AUGCCCGCAGGCCUCACGCUCGGCUGGAUCGCCGUCAACGGGACCCGGCUCGCCGUCGACCCGGCGCGCUCACUGACCUGGUACGACCGGCAGUGGGGCGGCGCGCCCCCCAGGUCGGUCGUGGAGGCCUACGACGUGCCCAUGUCCGUGUGGGUGUGGGUGGAAGCCGGCGCCGCAUCCGGGCUAGCGACGAUCAGAGACGAGCGUGACGUGCGGAAAGUCGUGCCCGUCACGUCGCUGGUGCCGUCGAGCAGGACGUACACCUCGCAUUCGUCGGGGGCCGUGUACCCCCUGGACUGGACGCUUGAGCUGGGCGACGCGACGAGGCUGUCCAUCUCGAGCGUGAGGCCGGACCAGGAGAUGGUUGCCGAGGGCGGGCUUUUGCCGACGCAUGGGGGAUAUGUUACCGUCUCCGGCGUGUAUCAUGGAACCCAGACCAUCAAGGGGUAUGGACUCGUUGAGUUGGAGAUUGUCACUUCCGACGCUUUGUGA